UUAAACCAGGUUUUAAUAUUUUUUUUAUUGAUAAAUAAAACAUAUUUUUACAUUAUAUAUUAAGUAAUUUGAAAUGCAUAUAAAUAUAAAAGAAAUUCAAUAUCACUAUAGGAACAUUUUUUUUUAAACUUUUUUAUUUUUUAUUUUUCAGUCAUUAGAUAUUUAGAAGUAUUAAAAAAAUGUCUAACAAAAUGAUAAUCUUGAAUUUUCCUUCUUUAUAUAUUUAAUUCCAUUAAGGCAUUGACUUAUUAUGUAUAUAUAAAAGUACACUAUUGUUCAAAUUAGAAACGGAUAAUUAUGAUUCUUGGUGAAAACAUUUUACUAGUCGAUACCACUCGACAUUUCCUCCCCUAGUUAUCUGGAAGGCUGAGUCUUAGGCUUAGGCAUUUUUGCCAACAGAGCCUGAAUAUCCUUUUUUUCAUCAUAAGUUUUCCAAAGCUCAAAAAGGCUAACUAUAUAACGUACUAUUUCUUGUAUUUUCUCCAUGUCUACGUUCAGUUCUGCAAACCAUGACUUAAGAUCCUUUUGCAGAACAACACAUGCAAUGUGAAGGGAACCAAUAGCAAUCUGAUAAGGAGGGUAAAGUAAACAAACAUCAGUUCGAAGAGAAUCAUUCACAACCCUCCAUGCUAGAGCUAACAACUGGUCUUCAUUGCCAAUAUCAGCCAAAAGCUGAAGUAAUGGUCUAUAAGGUUGAUAAACAAUCAAACAGCAGUCUAAGUUCUCCAAAAGAUAAAAUUCACAUUCUAGAAUAUGAUUCGUCCGAUAUGGGAAUUCCUGGGUAUAAGCAUAACUGAACUUAUUUUUAACUAAAACAAAAACAUUAAAAAAUUUAAAUCAUUAAAAUGCAAUAUCAUUUAAUGAAACAGAUACACUUAGAAUAUAAUGAAUAAACAUAAUGUCUUUUAUUCCUACGAAUAUAAUGACAAAUGUUUAAUAAAAUGUUUUGAUGAAUUCUUGAAGGAAGUUAGUCGACUGUUCUGCAUAUCAUGGGUGAUAAAUAUUCAGGACAAAAGUCUGUUAAAAAAAAAAAAAUUUAAAAAAGACUGCGUCCUAUAUUUAUUACAGAAUAUUUAUCACCCAUGAUAAAAUAUUUUGCUUCUAAUUUUUGGUAUGAACAUCAAAUACUACUACAACAAGGUCAACAUUUAUUGCUACCACUACUACACUUGUGAUUUGCAAUAAAGAUAAGAUAAAAGAUUAAAAUACUAUCAGUGUUGAUUCAAAUCAAAUUAAGAUGAAGGUAACUUUCACAGACCUCUAAAAUCUAUUUUCCAAUGAAAUUAUUUACAUAAAUUAUGGUUUAAAAAUCAUAAACAGUUCUUAAUAUCUAAAUAUCACACCCAUCAGAAGGAAAAAAUAAUAUGUUUCAGAAAACAUACAAUAAACAUAAAGCUAAAUUAUCUGGCCUUAAAAUCAUGGCUCAUUCGUCUUCAACAUCCUUGUCGUCGGAUAUCAGUCGCAAAAAUCCGCAGGACGAGUAUGAAUUGAUUCAAAGGAUUGGAAGUGGAACCUAUGGAGACGUUUACAAGGCUAAAAGACUUUCUAUCAAUGAUUUAGCUGCCAUCAAGGUUAUUAAACUGGAACCAGGUGAUGAUUUUGCAAUUAUACAGCAAGAAAUAUUAAUGAUGAAAGAUUGUAGACACCAAAACAUUAUUGCUUAUUAUGGGAGCUAUUUAAGGAGGGAUAAGCUGUGGAUAUGUAUGGAAUAUUGUGGUGGAGGUUCAUUACAAGAUAUAUAUCACAUAACUGGCCCAUUAACAGAACUUCAAAUAUCUUACAUGUGUAAGGAAACACUCCAUGGACUUGCUUACCUUCAUGGUAUGGGAAAAAUGCAUAGGGAUAUCAAGGGUGCCAAUAUUCUACUUACUGACAAUGGAGAUGUGAAAUUAGCUGACUUUGGUGUGUCUGCCCAAAUAACAGCUACCAUUAACAAGCGAAAAUCGUUUAUAGGAACACCUUAUUGGAUGGCCCCUGAGGUUGCAGCUGUAGAGAGAAAAGGUGGCUAUAACCAGCUUUGCGAUAUUUGGGCUGUUGGCAUUACUGCUAUCGAAUUAGCAGAACUACAGCCACCUAUGUUCGAUCUUCAUCCUAUGAGAGCAUUGUUUUUAAUGUCAAAGAGUGGUUUCAAACCUCCAACUCUUAAAGAUAAAGAUAAAUGGAGUCAGGUAUUUCACAAUUUCAUUAAGACUGCUUUAACUAAGAAUCCUAAAAAACGGCCUACUGCAGAAAAGCUGUUGCUGCAUCCAUUUUUAUGUAUUGAAAUGAAUAAGAGGAUUGCAUUAGACUUGUUACAGAAAGUUAGCAAUCCAUCUCAUGCCUUUAAUGAGCUAGAAGCUGAUGAAGAGGGGGCAGUACCAAACGUUCCACAUCGAAUUGCUUCAAAAAUGACUGGUAGAAACAAACCUGCAAGGGAUCUGGAGCUAUCUGUUUGCCCUUCAGGUAAUUACUUAUCUAAGUACAAAUUUUUUGAAGUCCAAAUAAUGUAA